UACAUACCAAACGACGCCGCGCCUUUUUAUCUCCGAGCCCAGCAAAGCAGCUCCGCUUUCGCCGCUCCGCUUCUUCUCCCCCCGCCAACUGCCGCCAUGUUUUUGUGAGGCAGAAUGACAGCAGAGAGAGCGCAGAGGAAGACGAACGUAGACUGUGAAAAAUCCUACACAUAACAGUGUUUUUUUUUAUUCGUUUGGAUGCCCGGUUUUUCUCAGUAACGACAUUACGACGGAAGUCAUUUUGUAGGAUUAAUUUGUCAAAAGCAAGGAUUUCCUCAGAAAAGGUCAAGUCUUGGAUGUUAUGGUACACUAAUAUUCUAUUUUUCAUAUGGCGUAGGACACUUUUUCUAACAUAUCCUUUCGUUCAGGAUGGGAGGGAAUCCUCCCACGUAAAAACGAGAAUUGAAUUUUGUCCUGUCUUUUUUCGUACGUUCUGUGCUACCAUGAGAAGUAAACGAAUUAGAUGUGUAUUUAAAGACGAACACGUUCCUAUAUACUUAUAAAACCUCCGCUGUGUUUACAACUUCGUUCGAACGGCAGGAGUAACAAAAUCAACCCGAGUGUUUUUUUCUGUGGUAAAGUGGUUUCAAGCUAUCCGUGGUGAACUGUCAAACAAAGAAGGAAGAAAACUUUUUAAAUCUGAAGUGACUGUGCAAAGAAAGACGACAAAAGAUGACGGGCAGUAUCCCAUCUGAUAUGAUCAAUUUGAGGCUCAUCUUGGUGAGCGGAAAGACAAAGGAGUUUCUGUUCUCUCCCAAUGACUCAGCCGCGGACAUCGCCAAGCAUGUGUAUGACAACUGGCCAAUGGACUGGGAAGAGGAGCAGGUGAGCAGUCCCAACAUCCUGCGGCUCAUCUACCAGGGCCGCUUUCUGCACGGCAACGUCACGCUAGGAGCUUUAAAACUGCCCCUUGGAAAAACAACAGUGAUGCAUUUAGUUGCUAGAGAGACGUUGCCCGAGCCAAAUUCCCAAGGCCAGAGGAAUCGGGAGAAAACUGGAGAGAGCAACUGCUGUGUGAUUCUGUAAAGAUGUCCCUCUAUCCAUGAUCCAGUGCAUUCUGUAGUUUCCUAUGCUGCUGAAAAACAAACACAUACAAGGACAUCAACCAGAAGACUAGUCUAUAUGUGUGGGCAGUCUAGAGUGUCUUGGUCACAUUUUACCACUUGCAAAGUAUAGUAUAAAAUGCAGCAGAUGAUGAAACAGAAUCCCUCUUUAUAACAUUUCAUCAGUCUUUUUGCCUCCAUCUUCCUCUCCCUCCCUCCCUUAUUCACACAUAUACUGUCAUAUAUUGUAAACUCUCUCUCUCUCUUUCUGUCUGUCUCACUUUCAUACUCCUUUCUCACUUGUCCUUUUCUUCACGCAUAGUCACAUGCACACUCCCCCGUCAAUUUGCACAUGGAGGAAACACUCUUGUUUUCAGAUUCCACUCAGAUUAAAGAGCAGGAGGAUUAGCAGAGCAGAGUUCCAUGCUUCAGUGCCACCUGCUUAGACAAAACAGGGAGAGAAGACCGUGGAAUAUGACAGUGUCUGACAAACUGUUGAGUUCAGCCGAUACACCAGACAUGGGCUUGGCAUUUCUGAUUUGCUUCCUCCUUUGUGUCUCCAUUGGGAAGGUAAAGGCACUUGCCUCUGUUAGCAGCAGUUCACACAGUAGUGAAUCAACCUCUGCAUUGCUGUAGUCCUGUUUCUCCUCAGUAUGUCAGACCACAGAAGCAAGCAUUUAACCACUGAGUGAAUUAACAUCUGUAGUCAACUGUUUGCAGCACAGCAAACCAAGCAUUAAUGUGCCUGAUCAAUGUUAAUGGCUAUUUUUUUUGUUUGUUUUCUCUCUUAGUAAUGAACUCUGUUCAUCUUUUGAAGUGCACAUUUUAUGGAUAUAGUUCUAGAUGACAGUGCAAUCCUUGGCUCACAGAUGCAAAUCUAGUAGUUGCAGGUCAGAUGCAAACGUAGCAGACUUGAUUCUGUCAUUAACCAGGAAGGCCGAUAGGUUGCUGUUGCAGGGUAACAUUUUCUGUUAGCGGGUUAUUUGAUUGACCAACCAGUGUUUUGUUCACCCUUACUAGAUAGUUUUAAUUCCUCCUCAUAGAGGAGUUUUAAGAUAAAUUCCUUUAUUUUUUAAAGGUGCAAGAGGCAGGAUUGUUUCUUUAAAUAGCAUUAACUGAUCGAAAUAAAAUGGUUGUCACUAAAUCAAAGUUAUUCACUGAUGUGUUAUUGUAGCUCAUGUUGUUUCUGUCCCUCAGAUAGGUGCUUGCUACAGGUGUGACAGUGUAAUGAUCAGCUCCAGUCAGCCACUCACUGCAGCACUACACUUGCCUCCCAGCUCUAGUGACAUUAGUUGUGUAACAACAUAACUAUAGUCAUUUUUUUCUUCAUUUAAAUGUUGUUUAAAAUAUUGUGAGGAUGCAGAAUCAUGGAGCCUUGAAUUACAUUAAAUCCUGGGCUGUAUCAUGACAUUGUUAGAGCAUGGACUUCAAAAUGUAUUGAUAAUUGGAUUAAAAACUAAGACCAAACUGCUUUUAAAUUGUGUUAUCAUCAAUAACAGUAAUUAGAGCACAAAUAAAAGAUUUACCUAACUAGCUUUUCAGAAUUUUAAGGAGAAUACUAUGGGCACAAAGGGAAUUUUGCACAGUGAGCUAUUUAACAAAUAUUUAACAAAUAAAAUCUUUAUUUUGGUUUUCAGCUACAACAUGGUAAUGCAAAUGGUCUAGUGUGGGAGCUUCAUAUAUAUAUAUAUAUAUAUAUAUAUAUAUAUAUAUAUAUAUAUGAAGACAGAAUUGUGACAGUGUUUAGAAACAAAGCCAGGUCUUGUUCAUUUGACAGCAGAGUGAACUAUUUUAAUUUAGUUGUGAUAGAAGUCACUGUUUGUGCUUCAAGCCAGAAGUCAUAUAGGAAAUGAAGUUUUACUCUCUCUUACCUGUCUGAAAUGAUACAUUUACACAGCACUAAAGCAUGUGCUAGUUUAUCUUUGUUUGUAUGAUUUGUUUCCCCGAUUUUCUUUUAAUAUUAUGUCCAAAUGGGAAUUCAAACUCAAGGUUAUGUUUGUGUAGAGUAUAUUCAAAAUGAACCAUAUAGAGAAUAUGACAAUAGAUUAUUGAUAUAGCUGUAUCGGUGUCUAGUGUAUGAUUGUCUAAACAGUUAGUUUAUUAGCAGUGGGAAAAGUCAUCCGCUGAUGUCUUGUACUUUACCAGCAAAAUCCCCUAACAAUAAAAACUAUUGUAUUGUGUUUUCUUUUAUUCAUUUUUUUUCCAAAUGUUUAUUUUUUUUAUUUGCUUUAUGCUUUUUAACACAGCACUAGCUCAUCAGACUACAGCUUAUUCUGAUCAGGGUUCAAAUAUGUACAGCGCUGAAGUUUUCAGAAAUGAUUGUAAAUAGAAACUAAUGGUAUCUCCAAACUACAAAUGGAAUUACAUCUAUAAAUUGAAUAAAGAAUAUUGAAGUGAAA